AAUUACAAGACGACAAAGCCACCUCUCACGCAUUGUCGACACUCAACAACGUUGCCAUGAAUGAAACAAAACUCUUUUUCCUUCAAACGACUCUCUCCUUUUCUUCUCUCACAUAGAAAAUUACAAAGAACAUAGAAAACCCAGAAGAGGUUUGUUUCAGUCAAGUUGAACCCGCCAGCCCGCCUGCAAUUCUUGAAAUUCCCGUGAGAAUUUUUUUGUGGGUUUUUGCUCAAUUACAAAACCCAGUAAGCUAUCUCUUGCUCUUGCUGAAUUUGAUCUCAAUUUGUGAAAUUUCUGUUACCCUUUUUUGGGUAUUAGCUUGUCUCUUGUUGUUUGAUUUUAGCUUGAUUUUGUUUCUGUAUCUUGUGACCUGUGUUUUGUGGUUCAAUUUUGUUUUAAUUGUUUGGUUAUAGCAAUGGUUCAGGAUGAUGGAUCAUCUUCUGUAACAUCAUCCUCUCCACUUCAGUUUUUUUCAAUGAUGUCACCUAGUUUAGGGUCACCAUAUCCAUGGCUUAGAGAACUCAAGUCUGAGGAGAGGGGUUUGUAUUUGAUUCAUUUGUUGAUUACUUGUGCAAAUCAUGUGGCCUCUGGUAGUCUUGAGAAUGCAAAUAUUGCCCUUGAGCAAAUAUCGAUGCUGGCUUCACCUGAUGGCGAUACGAUGCAACGAAUCGCUGCCUAUUUCGCGGAGGCUCUUGCUCAUAGAAUCCUUAAGGCUUGGCCUGGUCUUCACAGGGCGCUUAAUUCAACUAGGAUUAGUUUGGUUUCCGAAGAAAUUCUCAUUCGGAGACUGUUUUUCGAGAUGUUUCCGUUCUUGAAAGUGGCCUAUGUGCUCACAAACCAGGCUAUAAUUGAAGCCAUGGAAGGGGAAAAGAUGGUUCAUAUUAUUGAUCUUAAUGCUGCAGAGCCUGCUCAGUGGAUUGCACUUCUUCAAGCUUUGAGUACAAGGCCGGAGGGGCCACCUCAUUUGAGAAUUACAGGGAUUCAUCCGCAGAAGGAGGUGUUGGAUCAAAUGGCGCAUAGAUUGACAGACGAAGCAGAGAAAUUAGAUAUACCAUUUCAAUUCAAUUCGGUUGUUAGCAAACUAGAGAAUCUUGAUGUUGAAAAAUUGCGAGUUAAAACUGGGGAGGCUCUGGCUAUCAGUUCAGUUCUUCAACUGCAUUCACUUUUGGCAACCGAUGAUGAAGUCGUGCAGAAGAGAUCCUCAUUAGCAUCAAGAAAUGCAAAUGGUAUUCAUUUGCAAAGAGCACUCCAAAUGAGCCAAAACACAUUAGGCGAGUUGCUUGAGAGAGAUCUGGCGAACGGGUAUAGCCCGAGUCCUGAUUCAGCCUCAUCAUCGCCGCUGUCUCCAAAUGCCUCGGUAAAGAUGGAUAGCUUCCUCAACUCUCUGUGGGGUCUAUCACCAAAAAUCAUGGUGGUAACAGAGCAAGACUCAAACCAUAACGGUUCCUCUGUCAUGGAGAGGCUCUUGGAAGCUCUGUACUCUUAUGCAGCCUUGUUUGAUUGCUUAGAGUCCACUGUGCCAAGAACAUCAUUGGAGAGACUAAAGGUGGAGAAGAUGUUAUUCGGAGAGGAAAUUAAAAAAAUUAUAGCAUGUGAGGGAUCCGAAAGGAAGGAAAGACACGAGAAACUCGAAAAGUGGAUUCAACGUCUAGACUUGGCAUGCUUCGGAAAUGUGCCUUUGAGCUACUGCGGCAUGUUGCAGGCAAGAAGAUUACUGCAGAGCUAUAAUUGCGACGGGUACAGAAUCAAAGAAGAAAACAGAUGUGUGCUAAUUUGCUGGCAAGAUCGACCUCUAUUUUCAGUAUCAGCUUGGAGAUGUAGGAAGUAAGGAUUCAAAUUAAUAGUCACUUGAAUGUUUUUAGUUGUUGAUGCUUUUUUUUCUUUCCCAUGAAAUGAUUUUGUAUGCACAGUCUUACCUAAAGUUAAUUUGUUUAAUUCUUCCCAUUUACAUCAUCUAAGGGAACUCAAUUCUGAUCUUUGGUGUGUGUAUAGAUAGGCUUAAAUCUCAUAUUUCAUUUAGCUUGUAUGAUCCUGUAACUCUCUCUCUCUCUCUCUCUCUCUCUCUCUGUGUUCAUUGUGGAAACUCUGUUUAUGUGUAACUUUAUUAGUAAAAUGAUUGGCUUCUUUA